AUGAGCGACUNNUUUUCUUCUCCCAAGACUGUCCAGCAGACUACCGCAAGCGCAAACUUGCUGGCAGAGGUUGAGAAGUGUCGCGAAGGUGGUGACGACGACAUUUACUUGCCACAGCAGGUACCCACUCAGCAAACCCAGCAGAGCAUCAAUGAGAUGAGCUUGAAGUCCGCUGAACAGAUGCUCAACUGCAACACGAUUUGGUGCGUGGAUUCUCCAGACAACAAUGCUUAUAUCGACACUAACACCUCUCAAAGGUCGCAAUUACAAUCCAACCAGGACUUCAAGGAGGGCAAGUUCGAUCUCGACAAUCUCUGUGCCGAGCUUCGUGCGAAGGCCAAGUGCUCAGAGUCUGGUGUCACUGUGCCAUCAGAAUACGUGGAUGCCGCGUUCAAGAAGCUGUCGGGCGAGAACAAACAGCCUCCUCUUGAUGAUUAUCAUGCCACGCAUUCUCAAAAGGGCCUUGAUUACCUUUUCAACCAAUACUCUGUUGACGAAGCUCUCAAGAAGUUAGCAGGUCAAUGA